CUUCCUCCUCCCCACUCGCAGCAGCAGCAGCACCACCUGGCCGGGGGGAGCCCCUCGGCUUACCAGCCUCCCCCGCCUCCUUUGCAAGCCCCCUGCGCCGGCCUGCCGUGUUCAGCGGAGCCAGCCAAGUUUUACGGAUACGAUAACUUACAGCGACCGACGAUUUUUACGACACACCAAGAGGCCGAGCCGCUUCAGUAUCCCGACUGUAAAUCGUCCAGUGCUAAUCUUGGCGAGGAACCAAGGCCCUUAAAUCAGAGCGCGUCUCCUUCUCCAGUGUUUCCCUGGAUGAGACCACAAGCGGCUCCGGGGAGGCGGAGAGGGAGGCAAACCUACAGCCGCUUCCAGACUUUGGAGCUGGAAAAGGAGUUCCUGUUUAACCCCUACUUGACCAGGAAGAGGAGGAUCGAGGUCUCCCAUGCGCUGGGACUGUCCGAGCGGCAGGUCAAGAUCUGGUUCCAGAACCGGAGGAUGAAGUGGAAAAAAGAGAACAACAAGGACAAGUUCCCUGCCACGCGGCAAGAGGGGAAGGAAGGAGGCGAGGUCAAAAAGGAAGCCGACAGGGACCUCGAAGGACAAGCCCCGGGCCCAGCAAAUUGAGCUCUUCCUCCUCCUGCUCCUGCUCCUGCCGGGAACCUUGGCCAAAGACUUUGGAGCAUCAAGGGACAGGACGGGCACUUGUCUUGGCCUCCACAACUUCCACCACGGUUGGGACUGCUCUCAAGGCACCUUUUGUUGUCUUUGAAACUACCUUCUGACAUUUCUGGUCUAGAUGAGAGUUUGGCUUUUGUUACUGCACGGGGCGCCUUAGCUCGACUCCCAGAUGGCUACUGCUGCACUUUCUACAUUUUUUAUUGUCCUUCCUUCCUUCCCUCCCUCCCUCCCCUUGGACUUUGAUACUAAAAAGGGUAGCAGUUUUGUUUUGUUUUUUACCUGUGGAUUUUUACUGGGGAUUUCUUUUGUCCUCCGAGGGCAGAAUGUCCGGCCUCUCCCAAUACUUUAAGAAUCAAAUCAGCCAAGUGCACUUCUUACGAUUGUUUUAAAUUUUCCAGUCCCCCUUAUUUCUCGUAAAGUAAGUUAAUUAAGAAAGGAAAUAAUUUGUGGGCCGAUGAGGGAUGAAAGGAAAUAUUUUAAUUAAACACUGAUUUUUCAUUAUCGAUAAUCAUAAUAAUUAAAAAAAAUCCGACGUGUUAUUCAUGACCUGGCUCCUUCCUUCAUACCUUUGUCGCUUG